AUGAGUCCUUUCCAAGCACUCUAUGGCUAUAUACCUACACACUUAGAUUUUCCCUCCUCUGCCACAACUUCUGUUGCUACUCUUGAAGAAUAUAUGAAACAGAGAGCUGUUGUUCUGGAUAUCUUGAAAGAAACUUUACAUAAAGCACAUGAGAGAAUGAAGUUCUUUGCUGAUAAGACAAGAACUGAUAGAGUGUUUGCAGUGGGUGACAAGGUAUAUCUCAAGUUGCAACCUUACAUGCAGGCCUCUGUGGCUUUGAGAAGGAACCUUAAGUUGGCAGCUAAAUAUUAUGGGCCUUUCACUAUUUUUCAGAAAAUUGGUGCAGCUGCUUACAAACUGCAACUUCAUGCUGAAGCUAGAAUUCAUCUAGUCUUCCAUGUUUCACAGUUGAAGAAACAUAUUGGCACCAUCCACAGUCCUUCUCCAUCUUUACCAGUACUGGAUACUGAUGGGUCUAUCUUAGUCAUUCCUGCAGCUGUUUUGAAUACCAGAACUAUCUUUAGAAAUGGUGCCCCUGUCCUUCAAAUGCUCAUCAGAUGGACCAAUGCUUCUUCAGAGGAUGCUACAUGGAAGGAUACAACUCAUAUUGCUCACCAUUUUCCUAAGUUCAAUCCUUGA